CAAACUAAGCCUUAUAGGCUUAGAGAUUGGACUUACAGAAGUACAUUAUGUCGAAUGUUGAAUUACGACAAAUGAUCCUGAACUUCAGAGUGUCUGAGCUACAGGUUCUUUUGGGGUUUGCUGGAAGGAAUAAGUCGGGAAAAAAACAGGAAUUACAGUACCGGGCCUUAGAACUUCUUAAGCACAGGUCUACACCUAUAAAUAUGAAAAUCCAGCAGCUACAUAAGCAAAGGUUCCCACCCAAUACAUCGGUCAUAAAUUCCAUUGGCCCAUGCCAUCUCUAUGGUGCUCUACCUACUCUUCCACAUAUUACAGGACUAGAUGAGUCAAUUACAGGAAAUCAAAUGGUACCUGGUAACAGCCUUUACUAUGACUACACUUCUCCCAAGCAUGCUGGCUCCAGUGCUCAAAGUGGCUAUAAUAUGGCCAAAUACCCACUGCAUCCUGAUGUUCGCCUGAAACCUUUACCAUUCUAUGAUGUCCUUGCUGAACUGCUUAGACCAAGUAGUUUAUUGCCUAAAAAACCAGGGAGGUUUCAAGAAGAUUCUUUUGCUUUUCAUUUAACACCACAGCAGGCUCAUGAUAUAGCUAUGUCAAGAACAGAGAGCAAAGAUUAUGGUAUUCAAGUCCAGAUGCGUUUUUGCCUCCUUGAAACUACCUGUGAACAGGAGGACAACUUUCCUCCAAGCAUAUGUGUCAGAGUCAACUCAAAAAUGUGCUCUCUUCCUAACCCCAUUCCUACCAACAAACCUGGGGUGGAACCCAAGAGACCAAGUCGACCAGUGAUUAUUACAGGAUUAUGUAGACUGUGUUCCAACUUCACCAAUCAUAUCAAUGUGACAUGGGCAUCAGAAUAUGUUAAAGGUUAUUCAAUAGCUGUGUAUCUUGUGAGAAGACUGAGCUCUUCGACUUUGCUUACCCAUCUGAGAAGCUUGGGAAUAAGAAACCCUGAUCAUACCAGAGCAAUGAUUAAAGAAAAACUGCAGCAUGAUCCUGAUUCAGAAAUUGCCACUACCAGUUUAAGAGGAUCCUUAAUAUGUCCACUAGGAAAAACCAGAAUCCAGAUUCCAUGCCGAUCUAUAACUUGUCUCCACUUGCAGUGUUUUGAUGCCUCCUUCUUUCUUCAGAUGAAUGAAAAGAAGCCCACUUGGUUAUGUCCUGUAUGUGAUAGAUCUGCUGUUUUCAACAAUCUAGUGAUUGAUGGACUAUUCACAGAAAUUCUUGCUAAAGCUCCAGCUGGGUGUCUUGAAGUACAAUUUUAUGAAAAUGGAUCUUGGACACCAGUGCUUUCUAGAAAAGACAAGUUAAUUAUUGGAAGUCCCACUGUUGAGAAAACUGCAUUUAGUUCCUUAAGUAAGUGUACUGUUGCUUAUCAAAAGAAAAAGCCUCAUGUGGAAGUUGUAGACUUGACUAUUGAGAGCAAUAGUGAAGAAGAAGAAGAAGACUUUCCUCUGCCUCCAUCACAACCUGUAAAUCUUUUUCCCUUCUCUGUUAUGAAUACUCAACAGUUUCCAAGUUCUCCAAACAUUGAUGGAACUCAUGGUCCUGUCAUUUCACUUCCAUCUUCAUCCGUCCCUCCUCUUUCACAAACAAAUUCUUUUUUGUCUUCCUCAUUAUCGACUUUGCAACAAUAUCAUAGUUCUGACCUCUCAAUGCCUUUCAUUUCACUUGCUUCCCCAUCAUCUCCAUCAUCAUCCAAUUCUUCUUUUUCUACCAUCAUGAACUCUCCUGUCCCACAAACAACUUUGACUUCUACCAUCCCUUCAGACAUGCAACAGUAUAACAACUCCAUCUUUUCUAUGACUUCAUAUGCAGGCUCAUCCAUGACAGCAGUUUUAUCUUCAACAUCUGCAGGAUCUACUGAGAUUAGCAUGAGCAAAACAGGUUUACAUACACCUGUACCUUCAUCGGUGUAUUCCAACAUGCCUCUGAUUGAUUCAGAUACUUCACCAUACUACCCCUCAGACUCUAGCUUCUACUCUGACUUUUUGAUUCAGCAUUCAAAUCACAGUUCCUCUUACCAGAAUUUAUCAGACCUACAUACAAACCUGAAUGACAGUGAAAGUGAUAGACAGAUACCCAGUUUCUCAGCUGCAGCUGGAAUGAAACUGAAUUCAGCUCCUCCAGAUAUUAUUUCACUGGAGUGAAAACAUGACAUUAUUUUGGAGGAAGUCGUAAAUAAAUAUGCAGUUUUGAGAACCUUAAGUUUUUCUUUAUAUAAAUAGGAGUGCUUGUUUUUCUGUGUAUUUAAUGUCACUAGUUAGAACAAAAGAGAAAAACCUUAAGAUCUGAGCAUCAAUUUCUGAAGGACUUGUCAUCCAGUCUCUUCUUCCAUGUCAGAGUUCAAAGUCUCUCGUUUUUGAACUUGUAACACCCUCAGUGAAUUGUUCUAUAAUUUUAAUAUGAAUGUUGAGUACAGUAUACAAAUGUCUUGAGUUUUGAAGUUGUUAGGAGAUAUUAAGAUGAAUGUAGUUAUAAGGUGCACUAGCAAUUUUGUUAGAAAAAAUAUAGAUAUUGCUAUAGAUAUAUAUAUAUAUAUAUAUACUUAUAUAAAAUGGAGAAAAACGUUUUACAAUCUCCAUCCAAAAAGUUUCAAAUUCAUCACGUGUUUCUGAAUUGUGGCCAUUAUGUAAAAUGGAGAAAAACGUUUUACAAUCUCCAACCAAAAAAUUUAAAAUUCGUCACUUGUUUCUGAUUUAUGGCCAUUAGUUUGCCGAAAGAAAUCUAUAGUGAAACAAAACAUUUGAGAUUAUAAGUGAAUAUAAUUAUUUGUAAUUAUUUAUGUUUUUUAGGUUAAAAGUGAUUGUUUAUAAUCCCUAAAAUGUUUCAUAGAAAAUAUUUUUUCCAGCUAAUCUUCAUCAGAUCAGGGAAGUAACCUCCAUAAUGUAUAUUGAAAAUAGCUUUCAGAACUUUAUGCCCUUAGAAAGCACAUAAAGCAUUAAAUACUGCAGCCAACACCUUUGUCCUUUAAAUUAUAAGUUUUUUUUUUACCUUAGUUUUGUUAAAAGCUAGAUACUUUGGUGGCAAAAAAUGUGGAAAAUCUUGUGUUAUUCAUUUGAUACACGUGUACAUAUACAUAAUUCAUGAACAGUUAUCUCUUGUAAUUUUAAAUUACUGUUGUAUACUUAAAUUUAUCUGAUGAAAUAAGAGUAUUUUUACUACUAGGUUAAUCGUGGAAAUAAAGAUAACGUUGAACAGGCUAUUAGUAAAACACAAGAAAAAAGAAUGUUACAUAUGCGUAAAAUUAAUGUAAAAGUAAAUAUAUUAAAUGAAGUACACUGUAAACAUGGGAAAUGGGGAGAAAAAAAAUACUAGACUUUUUAACUAUCAGAUCUCUGAGGAGGCCAAAAAAAAACCAUAAUUAUGAACAUUAGUUGUGUUUUUUGUUUUUCAUUUCUAUGUUUACUUGAUUAUUUUUAUGUCUAUUUAGUUUAGUCCAUAUUUCUUCUUUUUUUCUGAUUGGUGUAUUCAGAGUUUUAUAACACUUUCAGUUCUUGUAA